UGCCUGCAUUCCGAGUCCGACUUUCGAUCCACCAUGUUGCGUUUGAGCUCGCUGCUGCCCGUCGCCUUUGUCCUGGCUCUGGGAUCCGCCUCCGCCGAGGUGAUCAACUUCCAGACCUGUGCGGAUAGUGUGGACACCUGUACGAUCCAGCAGGUGCGAGUCUCCCCCUGUCCGGAAGCAGUCAACAAUGCAGCCUGCCACAUUCGCCGCCGACGCAGCAGCGAGAUGAGCUUCGAUUUUACGCCCAAUUUUGAUGCGGAUACCUUGGAGGCCAGCUUGGGUUGGGCCAAGUCGGAGACGGUGGAGCUGCCCCUGCUGACCAUGGAUCGCGAGGCCUGCAAGUACACCAGCUGCCCCGUGAGAUCGGGAGUCACGCAGACCUACACCACCGAGGUGCCCAUCGAGGCGAAGUUCCCGCUGAGUCCCUACACCAUCCGUUGGGCCCUCAAGGAUCCUGUCUCCGGCAAGCGAUGCUGCUUCACCAUUGACAUCAAGGUGGUGCGAUGAAAAGGUUUUGUAAAAUUCGAUGGGUCUGAAGGACUUUCUUUAACAUCUAUUUGAAAAUACUUGUUCGGUUACUUCUUGGCAUUUUUCUAAAAUGUUCACGAAAUUUUCGAAAAAUAAAUUAAAUAAGCUAUUAAA